AUGACCAACACUAAGUCUUCAGCUCUAAUCUCGGGCAACACCGACUCGUCAUACAGAAAAACUCACUUCAUACUACCGGUAACGUUUUUUGAUAUUUCGUCUAAUUUGAGGUUACUCAACGAAUGUCGACCAGCAGCAAUCAAAAUUGUCGAUUGUGAUAAAUAUCCUUGGUAUUAUAAGAAUUAUAAAGUCAAUACUUCAAAAAACCAAACAGCGACACAAGCAGAUAGUCAAAUUCUUAAUAGUGAAUUUAUUGCUGAUAAGGUCAUACAUAACAAAACAGUCUUGAUCAAUACAGAAGGGAACAAUUUUGAAGAACCAAAAAGCACGAAAAAGAGCAAAAAGCGCAAAUCGCUUUUUAUCUCAUUACGAAACAAUAUGCCACAUUAUACAUCUAAAGCAGAUAUAGAAAAAAAUAAAGCACUGCAUAAACAAAAUAUAACAAAAAUCGAUUUUAAAAGAAAUGUUGGAUUAGUAGGAUUGAAAAUAAAACCUCGCAUCGGAGUUGGUAAGCCAAUAGCAUACAAAGAUGUUGCUCAUAAGCGGAAUACUACAUCAAAAACGGAUGGAGAUAUAAUUGAAGUUGAUAGUUAUAUAUUAGGAAUCGACAAAGCUUUAAAUAGUGUUGGUACUGUUAUUGUACCACUUAAUAAUGAGGCGGACGGCAAAAAUGAAAUUGGAGAAAUAACAAAACCAUUACGAGCUCAACAUACAAAAAGUUAUCUAAAAAAAUUGAAAAAACAAGCACGAAAAGAAAGGAGAAUAAGAGAAAGAUUAGCAAAGAAACAGUUAUAUCAAAGUAACCUUAUUGGAAAGUUAAUCACUAGAGAUGUGAAUGAAAUUGUAAAGGAUAAUGUUUCCAUUCCUAGCGUGUCAAUUACGAAACGUAGUAACGUAAAAGAUAAAACAAAAACGAAUAAAUAUUUAAACGAUUUAAAAAAGAAAACUUCUGAUAUUAAACUCCAAUCGUGUACUCUUUCUAUUGAAGGUUUUACAAAUGAAAAAAACAGUGAUUGUUUGAAUGAGCCUGCUAUAGAACAUGUAGAAAGAGAGUUAUCGCAAAGUAAACCAUCUUCGACACCUGUUGAUCCUGGUAUAAAGUCUCCAGUAUUUCCUUGUAAUAAACUAACACCCAAGGGCGGUUUUGCUCAAGUGAAAUCUAAUAAAACUAUACCACAAUGCGAAAUAUUACCUGAAAAGUUUAAUGUUAAUGGUACUAUAAAUAUUUAUGAUAAUAACAACACUACAAAAACUCCGAUCUUAGAAUCAGAAACUAAAAGUGUUGCUAUACGCGAUGUAGCUCGGAGUACAUCACAAGAUUCUCUAAAGAGUAUUGUUAUAAGUAAUGUCGUGAGCGUAUUCAAUAACAAGGGGAUUAAAAAUAUGGAUUGUACUACAAUACAUGAUGACCUUAAACAAGGUAAAGAAUCUAAUACAUCAUGUGAUAAUAUAUCUAAUAUUGCCGUCAGUACUAAUGGACCAAUGCCUAAGAAUCAAGAUGAAAUGCAAGAUACAAAUAAAGGAUCAGAAAAUACUGAUAAAUAUCCGGUAUCAAAUAAUAUAACUUCCACAAUCUUAUCCGGAAGUAUACCGAGUACAAAUAGAAAAUUUGAUUACAAAGUAUUACAACAACAACAUGAAAGUAACAAUCAUCCUUCUCAUAUACUACCGCCACAAACACGAAUUGGAUUUCGGCCAGCUUCAAAUACUUCAAAAAAGCCGAGAAAAAAUAAUGCCCCAGCAAAUUUAAUUAACUAUUAUAAAUCUUUUUCAUCUCGUUAUUGUCCUAAUUUUAUAUCUAAUAUUUGUGUGCCGUGUCCUGACGCUCAGAAAGCAAAAUUUGAACAAUUUAAGAAAAUACACAAAAACUUGAAUCACAAGGCCCCACCACAACACACAACCACACCAUCACCUUUGACGAAUAUGUUGAACACAUAUUGGCCGUAUUGGCCACCACCUCCGCCUCCGCCUCCGCCACCACCUCCACCGCCGCCACCGCCACCACCUCCUCAUCAGGGUCAAAAUAAUGAGACACAGAGUAAUGAACGAAAUCAACCAACGAAAGUAAAAGUUAUGAAUAUCCAAAUUUUGACCGGUACAGAUAGGGUAAACAAAAGCCUUACUCUUCCUGAUAACUCUGUGCUUAGUAAUAACAACCAGAAUAUAAAUAGGGCAAAUUUACAAGUUUUAUCUAAAACAUCUACGGAGACACCAGCGCAACCGGUAAACAGUAAAUCUGAAAUGUUUGAAGAAUUAGAAAAAGAAAUGAUGUCGAUACAUAAAGAUAUUUCGAAAGAAGAUCCAGCACCAAAGUUAACACAUAUUAUUAAUAUUUGUGAACGCCCUAAAAUUGGGACAGAAAAAAUAACAUCUGACAGCGUCACACUAUCGGGGCAAAGUUUCCCUAAUAUUUUAUCACAUAAACCUAAAUGUCUUAAAAGAAAUUGUCCCAAUCAAUUAAGCUUACAACAAUGCAAUUUCUGUUCUCAUCGUAUGCUUAAUGAAAACUAUUCGAAUUCGAAAUCGCCAAAUGAAACCAGUAAAUGUCACUUGUCGUGUACCCAAAAGUUAUUAGCUAAAAACAAUCGAUCAAUAAACGAAAACAAUAAUACAACAAAUAAAAGCCCGCUUGCUUUUUUGUAUGGAAAGAAAGUCAGUAGUCAUAAACCUAAGAUAGCUCCAGUUAAACUUAAAGAAAGACCGUCGACCAUAAUAAACAAAACCAAUAAUUUUACUCGCGGUGGCAUUGAAAAGAAAGUUUCAAACGAGUCAAUCAAAACAAACAAAGGUUAUUCUCCUCCUAUUUUGCCAAUACCAACAUAUGAAAAUUCGCUCGAGAUUCUAUAUUUAAGUAAUCCUGGACCCCAAUCUCAAUCGGUAAUAUAUUCUCACAAAAAUGAUCCUGUGAAGAAAGCUAAUGCUACACUCGAUAAAGACGGCAACAAUAAAAGCACUAAAAAGGAAAAGCUACACGAAAACAGUGCGAUGAAAUCCAAGAUAUCUUUGGAUGAAUACAAGGAGAGGUCUAAAUCUGAAUAUAAAGUUAAGUCUAAUGUACGUUUUGAAGGCACAGCAGAUACUUUGUCAUAUAAACGUCGUAAAUAUAAAAAUCCAACGAAGACCGCAAAAUCAUGUAGUAAUAAUGUAAACACUCAUUCUGAGCAAGAUCUUGGCUAUGAUUCUGAUUUUACUAUCAUACUAUGA